ACUGUCCGUGUUCCACAACCCGAUCCGAGCUGCUGUUGCCGCCGUCGCUGCUGCGUGAGGGUGGAGAGGAGGUAGCGGGAGGUGCGAGGGCAGCGCCAUGGCCGAGAGAUACGACGUGAUCGUGAUCGGGGCCGGCAUCUCAGGUUUAUCAGCCGCCAAGUUGCUCUCUGAGUCUGGGAUCAAUGUGGUGGUUCUUGAGGCCCGGAACAGAGUUGGCGGAAGGACAUUCACUAUCACAAACAAUAAAGUUAAUUACGUAGAUGUUGGUGGAGCAUAUGUGGGACCAACCCAAAACCGUAUUCUCCGACUGGCAAAAGAGCUGGGCGUUGAGACCUAUAAAGUCAAUGUCAAUGGUUAUGUGAUCCAUUAUAAGGGGGGAAAGUCACGCAAUUUCAUAGGUAUUUCACCACCAACAUGGAAUCCCUUGGUUUAUUUGGAUUACAAUAACUUCUGGAGGACCAUGGACAAGCUAGGAGAAGAGAUUCCUGUUGAAGCACCAUGGGAUGCUCCCCAUGCUGAAGAAUGGGACAAAAUGACCAUGAGAGAGCUGAUAAAUAAGAUUUGCUGGACCAAAGCUGCUAAAGAAUUUGCCACCCUCUUUGUGAACAUCAAUGUUACCUCUGAACCUCAUGAAGUCUCUGCGCUCUGGUUCCUGUGGUACGUGAGGCAGUGUGGGGGCACAUCCAGGAUUUUCUCCAUCACUAAUGGGGGACAGGAGAGGAAGUUUAAAGGGGGUUCUGGUCAGAUAUCGGAAAAGAUAAUGGAACGCCUCAAAGACAGAGUUAAACUGGAGAGACCUGUGGUCCGUAUUGAUCAGACAGGUGAUAAUGUCAUUGUGGAGACUCUAAACCAGGAGAUAUAUGAGGGCAAGUAUGUGAUCAGUGCCAUCCCUCCAAUCCUGACAACAAAGAUUCAUUACAACCCAGAACUGCCACCAAAGAGAAACCAGUUAAUUCAGCGUUUGCCUAUGGGGUGUGUCAUAAAAUGCAUGAUGUACUACAGGGAAGCCUUCUGGCAGAAGAAAGGUUAUUGUGGUUCCCUUCUCCUUGAGGAUGAAGAGUCUCCAAUUGGAGUAACCUUAGAUGACACGAAACCUGAUGGAACUUUCCCUGCUAUUAUGGGUUUCAUCCUUACCAGAAAAGCUGUUAAACUGGCCCAUCUCAGUAAGGAAGAAAGGAAGAAGAAGAUCUGUGAGGCGUAUGCCAAAGCAAUGAGGAUGGAAGAGGCUUUACAUCCUGUGCACUAUGAAGAAAAGAACUGGAGCAUGGAGCAAUAUUCAGGAGGUUGUUACACAGCCUACUUCCCACCAGGCAUAAUGUAUUCUUAUGGAAGGGUCAUUCGCCAGCCCGUUGACAGAAUCUACUUUGCUGGUACAGAGACAGCCACCCAAUGGAGUGGAUACAUGGAAGGGGCCGUACAGGCAGGAGAGAGAGCAGCCAGAGAGGUGUUGCACAGUAUGGGGAAGAUCUCAGAGAUGCAGAUUUGGAUGCCAGAGCCAGAGUCGAAGGAUGUCCCGUCCCGACCAUUCACCACCACCUUCUGGGAGAGGAAUCUGCCAUCAGUGCAGGGACUGCUGUGCCUGCUUAGCUCGACUGUGUGUUUCACCUCUGUGGUCGCUGCAGGGCUGUUUGCCUGUAAAAAGGGACUACUAAUUCGAAACUAGUGAGGACCACAAGUCCAGUGGAAGCUGUAUACUCCCUCUCCUUCCCUUUUACUAGAUGAGUGGUAUUUUUGGAGAGAAGCAGCACAGACAGCUGGAAAGGGCAAAAAUUGUUCUGUUUGUGAUUUUUCAUUUUUGUACCAUGAUUAAUGCAUCAAAUCUACCGCAGUUGCUACCAGCUAAACAGAAAUAAAUCAAUUGGGAGAGGAGGGGAGGGGGUGUUGUUAUUCCAAUUUGCCUUUGCCUUUUCCUUUUGUUUUUAUUGGACAUGAUUGUAUCAGUGAUAUGUUCCUGAUGCAGACAAGACAAAAUGCAGAUCACACCUUUACUGAAAGGGGCAAAGAGGCCUUGGGGAAUGCAUUUGUUUCCACUUGCUGCUUUAGGAUUUUUUUACCACAAGAUAAUAAAUGCCCUUAUGUGCUCCCCUCAGUUAGCAGCUCAGAAUGAAUAGCUGAGGUUAUUCCCAUCACAUCCCCGCUGCACAGAAGAGACCAUCACACCAAUCAGAUCUAAAAUUGACAAAUUAAGUUUCAGAUGCAUAUGAUUAAUGAUUAAUCAUCACCACGUGAAGUGAGAUGGGCAAGGAGAGAUAAUGAGCACGAAGCAGCUUGCUCAACAGUGAGAGGGGAAGCGUGAGCAACCUUUCUUGUGGUGACUACUGUGCAAACAUCCAACUGUGGAGUGGCUCCUGGUCACUUCCCAGCCCAAGAGCAUCCCAUCCCAUCCCAUCCCAUCCCAUCCCAUCCCAUCCCAUCCCAUCCCAUCCCAUCCCUCCUGGCCAUUGGCUGUUAAAAGGGAGUGAAAGGAGUUGGCCAAGUUAAAGCCCCUCUGACUUGCAGCAGGCGCUUGCUGUUCUUUUCCAAAUGGCAGCAGCUUCAUGGCUCCCUGUCAGUUCACUGCCCCUGGUAUUGCUUGUGAUCUGUACUGUCUUCCUCCGAUAAGGGGAAAUAUAUUUGGGGCUUGAAUUACUGCCUUGUAAAUUACAGUAAUUGGAUGCAUCUGCCUGUUCUGCUCUUAUUAUGUACAUGAUACACUUAAAAUAAUCACUUUAGUGUUUAACUGCAGUCUGGAAUCUAUGUUUCACAAUGUACCAUCAUUAAACAGUCUUUUUUUUUUUUUUGCCAUGAAAUGUGAGCGUUUUAUGUGUCCAUGAACUGUCAUUCAACAUGGGUGAGAUGUGCCUCUCAGUAGUCCUGAACCUUGAUAAAAGGAGCUCUUCUAUAA